AUGUACAAGACCGCCCUCCUUGGUCUCUUGGCCUCGAGCCCCGUCUCGGCCCAGCUCAACAGCCUGGCGCAGGCCGCCGGACUCCAGUACUUUGGCACCACCGUCGACAACGGAUACCUUAGCGACGAGGCUUACAAGGCCCUCGCCGACAACACCGAAGAGUUCGGUCAGCUCGUCCCCGAGAACGGUCAGAAGUGGGACUCGACGGAGCCGACAGAGGGAAAGUUUUCCUACGAAAAGGCCGACGUCGUUCCGGACCUUGCCAAGAAGAACGGACAGAUUCUGCGAUGCCAUGCUCUGACUUGGCACAGCCAGCUCCCUAGCUGGGUGUCGGGUGGUAGCUUCUCGAAGGAGGAACUUACAAGCAUCAUUGAGGCUCACAUCUCCAACGUUGUUGGUCACUACAAGGGUGACUGCUAUGCUUGGGACGUGGUUAACGAGGCCAUUGGUGACGAUGGUAACUGGCGGGAUAGCGUCUUCUACCAGACUCUCGGAACUGACUACCUUGCCAUCUCGUUCAACGCCGCCCGCAAGGCGGAUCCCGAUGCCAAGCUGUACUACAACGACUACAACCUUGAGGGCAACGGUGCCAAGACAGAGCGCGCCCUUGAGCUCGUCAAGAUUGUCCAAGACGCCGGUGCCCCCAUCGACGGUGUCGGCUUCCAGGGCCACCUCAUUGUCGGCCAGACCCCCUCGCGCGCUAACCUUGCCACUGUCCUCAAGCGCUUCACUGCCCUCAACGUCGAGGUCGCCUACACUGAGCUCGACAUCCGCCACUCUUCUAUCCCCGCCUCCGAGUCCGCUCUCAAGACCCAGGGUGACGACUUUUCCAACGUCGUCGGAUCCUGCCUUGACGUUGAGGGCUGCGUGGGUGUGACCAUCUGGGGAAUCUCUGACAAGUACAGCUGGGUGCCCAACACCUUCAGCGGUGCUGGUGAGGCCCUCAUCUACAACGACCAGUACGAGAAGAAGCCCGCCUGGACUAGCAUUUCCAGCCUGCUCGCCGCCGCUGCGACUGGCUCCAGCGGCAAGGCCUCCAGCGUUGAGGCUAGCAGCGUAGUUGCCACUGCUGAGGCUACCAGCGUCGCUCCCGUUGUCGAGACUGCUGCCCCAGCCACGACUCUCGAGACCCGAACCAAGCCCGCCGUCUCCAUCUCCGAGGCUGCCCCUGCUCCUGAGCCCACUAGCCUCAUUGUGACUCCAUUCCUUAACAACACUGCCACUCAAACCACUCUCGAGAUCCGAACCUCUGCUACUGCCCCCAUCGCCUCUGAAGUCGGUAACGACGAAGACUAUGAGGGUGACGAAGACUGUGAGGAAGAGGGCGAGGAUGAGGACUCCCAAGAUGACGAGGAUUGCGAGGAUGAGGAGGAGCAGCCUGAGCCCUUCCCUACCUACGCCUUCCCCGGCAACAGCACCACGCCCAUCAACGGCACCGUGCCCUACAACAGCCAAGCCCCAGUCUCCGAGGCCGCCGUCGCUUCCGUGACCGAGUCUCCCGCCGAGCCCACGGUCCGCGUCCCCAUCAUCCGCCACAGCAGCUCCGCCUACAACUACCCCUGGAACACCCAGCCCGCCGCCUCCGGCCCUGCCGUCCCAGCCCCUACUGGCACGGCUCCCUCUGCCCCUAUCGGCACCGGCACCACCGAGCUGGUCAAGCACUACUACCAGUGUGGCGGCCGCAACUGGGACGGACCUACCCAGUGCGAGGAUCCUUAUGUCUGCGAGGAGCACAACGAGUGGUACCACCAGUGCGUGUAA